AUGACGAAUGUCAACAAACUCAAGAACACCAACUUCCUAAUGUGGAGCCGACAGGUUCGUGCACUUCUUGAUGGCUAUGACCGCACAGGCUACGUUGACGACACUAUUGUUGUCCUGCCUCCGACCGUCACCAAUGCUGUUGUCACUAAUGCUAAUCCAGACUACAAGAUCUGGACUCGUUCGGAUCGCCUUAUUUAUAGCACUCUUCUCGGUGCUAUCUCUGACUCCGUCCAGCCGCUUCUCUCCACCACCAACAUGUCGGCUGAGAUCUGGUCCACUCUCCAGGCGAUCUUGGUAACCCCUAGCCGCUCUCAUGUCCAACAGCUUGAGAAGAUCUUUGCGGGUCUUCCUGAAGAUUACAAUCGCGUGGUUGAUCAACUUGAAGGACGUAAGAGGUGUCCUUAUCUUUCUAAGGUGCUCAAAAAACUGAUACAUCAAGAGAACAAGCUGAAGGCACUCAUACCAGCGUCUUCAUUGCUUCCGGUGUUCGCUCAUGCAGUUAAGUAUCAUGGCAAGAGCCACAAUAGCGAACAGUCAUGGCCAUCACCCCUAGGUAACCAAACAUGGCAACAACGACAAUUUCCGCCGCGUUCAUCAAACAUUCAAUCUCGUGGUGGAUAUCAAGGACGGUGUCAGCUUUGCGGUGUACAUGGGCAUAGCGCUAAACAUUGCUCCUAA